AUGAACGAUUUGGUGAGGGAUUUCCAGCUAGCUCACUGUAUUGAAACGUUUUAUACGGGUGGUUCAGUAGAAUGGAGUGCGGAUGGACGUUGUUUGUUCACAACUUGUUCGAAUAUUGUAAAAGCGUUGAAUGUUGAAGAUGCGAGCACUCGUUAUAUUAUCGGUGACCCAGAUGAGUCUAGUCAUGUCACAUGCGCCCAACGUGUACCAAAUUCAAACAGACUCAUCGUGGCUUACUCCAACGGCCUUCUCGUUGAGUAUGCCUUACCAAUAUUGAGUGCAGUUGUACCAGAAGGCACAGAGCUGAAACCAACUCUAAUGAGACAAUGGAAGUCGACACAUACGGCACCCAUAAAGAUUAUGAAAUUCUCUCCUGAUUCAGAGAUGCUUGCGACUGGAUCAGCGGACUUCGCUGUAAAGGUAUGGAAAUUGGAUUCACAGUGUUGUGUAGCGUCUCUGAAAGGCACUUCAGCAGUCACAGAAGCAUUAUUCGUGGAUGCGGAUCGUAUCCUUAUAGGUUAUAUGGAUGGAAUGGUGAACUCCUAUCGGUUGAAAGGCGAGAAGAAUCAAAUAGUCUCGAUUCUGCUACUGAACGCAACAACAGCAGCAACGAUUAGUCGAGAUCAGACGAUAGCAUUGGUGAAUGUGGAGACGAAUGAGAAAAUGAAAACUUUGCCGUUGUUCGAACCUGUCGAAUCGGCAGUGCUCAUGGAUGAUGGAACAAUGUUGACGGUCGGCGAAGAGGGUAUCCUUAAGAGUUGGCAACCAACAACGGGAAAGUUAUUGAAAUCGACGACCAUUUGCAGGUAUUUUACUGGAAAAGCUUUUUGCUGA